UCUACAUAUAUAUAGUGGAGCUGAGCCCGCACAUUAAAUUCACUCAUCAUCAUCAGGUCAAUAUACCAGGACGAGGCGGCUGUACAGAGGGCGUGUAGGAUAUUUACAGUAAACUACUCGUGACCCCUGACCCCAGAGAUGGACCCGCGUGCUCAGGACGUUCUACUGUGUGACCUCUGUGAAACUGACCCCCUACAGUAUUGCUGUGAACAUUGCGAUAUCAAUCUUUGUACUGACUGUGUCAGUAAACAUCUCUCAGAUUCCUCUAAAAAACACAAAAUCGCACCCUAUCAUUUACACAGAAAGUUUACUCCCAAAUACUCAAAAUGUCUGAAACACGUCGAAAAAGAUUGCGAAAUGUACUGUGAGAGCUGUCACAUUCCUGUGUGUUCUACCUGCAUCUCCUCAGGUAAACACAAAGGUCACGAUAUAUCAGAUAUUCUGGAAAAACUCGGCUCUAAAAAACAACGCAUACAAAAAGAUUUAGAAGAACUCGAGAAGAAGAUUUACCCCCGAUAUACGGACAUUUCCUCCGCUGUCCAAACUGAGAAAGCCGAAGUAGAAACAAAUUACGGAAAACUGGCCACAAUUGCUGACCAACAAGGAGAAGUCUGGCAUCGCGAGGUCACCGCCAUUGUCAACAAACGGAAAGCAGACAUUGUAGAGAUAAAAACUAAGCAUCUCUCUCUAUUAGAUAAACACGCGGAUGAAAUCACGCACAGAAUGACUGAAAUCAACCAGGUCAUUCUAGAAAUGAAAAACAUCCUGGACACCAAUGACAUCUCCUUAACAUCAACUUACAAAUCUAGAAAUAAUGAAUUCAAUAAACUGCCUCCUACAAUCAAAGUUACAUUACCAAGCUUAUCUACUCCAACAAUUAACACAGAAACACUUAAUGAGAUGUUUGGUUCCUUAACCUCACUCUCCGUUACAAGAAUCAAAGUACUGCUUGAUGAGCCGCGCGUCACCGACACCAUAGACACUGGGUAUUACAGACUAUACAGUGUUAGCUGUCUGAGUGAAGAUCAAGUCUGGACACGCGGGUAUAACAAAACCAUGAAGCUACUCAACCUCCGGAGUAAACUACUGACAUCAAUACAAACCAAGUCAGGGAACGCACCGCGGGACAUAGUAGUGACACGGGACGGAGAUCUUGUUUAUACUGACUAUUAUGAUCAAACUAUAAACUUAAUUAAGAAUAAACAGAUACAUACCGUGAUCACACUACAGGGGUGGAGACCUCAUUCUGUCUGCUGUACCGCGGCAAACCAACUCCUGGUUAUCAUGGACAGUGAUGAUUUCAAACAAUCCAAAGUCGUGCGUUACUCCGGCUCCACACAGAAACAAAGCAUUCAGUUUGAUGAUCAGGGUCGUCUUCUCUAUUCAUCUGGUGGUGACAUCAGUGAGAACAGGAACCUGGAUAUCUGUGUGGCUGACUGUGUAGCUAGAGCAGUAGUGGUGGUCAAUCAGUCAGGAAAACUCCGAUUUAGAUACACUGGUCAUCCCUCUAAUACCGAGCAAUCAUUUCAUCCAGACGGCAUCACUACAGACAGCCAGAGUCACAUCCUGACAGCAGACUAUAACAAUCAGCGUAUCCACAUCCUAGAUCAGGACGGACAGUUCCUCCGUUACAUUCACUGUGGUUUACUCGGUCCAUACGGUUUAUGUGUGGACACCAGAGACAACCUCUUUGUGGCUGAGCGUGACACUGCUAAAGUGAAGAAAAUCCAAUAUCUAUAAACACAGCGUUAAUUACACAUCACUACACAGUGUUAAUUACACAUCUCUAAACUGUGUUAAUUACAUCUAUCAACACAGUGUCAAUUACAUCUACCAACACAGUGUUGAUUACACAGCUCUACACAGUGUUAAUUACACAGCUCUACACAGUGUUAAUUACACAGCUCUACACAGUGUUAAUUACAUCUACCAACACAGUGUUAAUUACACAGCUCUACACAGUGUUAACUACAUCUACCAACACAGUGUUAAUUACAUAUCUCCAGUGUUAAUUACACAUAUACAAGGUUAUGUGUUGAUUAAUGUGCAGGAUUGGACAAUGGUCGUUUCUACGAUAAACGUGCCGGAUUGGACCUCGAGUUUGGUUCAGGAUUGGACCCUUUCUUAAAUGCAUGCAUUUUAUUUCUUACAGAUCCAGUCAGGAGCGGACUUCCUUAAGCUUAAAAGUUGCAAGUGAAUGAAGUGUGUUCUAUUUUAUGUCUCCUACUAAAACCAUGGUUUUGACAAACCUAAAAGAGCACGUGGAGCAAGGAACUAUCAGUAACCCGGAAGAGCCAGCUCGAAAAUCUUAAAAGUGUUUGAGAAUUUCACCGCGCAUAUGAAUCUAAAGUUCUGCCACACGUUAGAAGGAGCCUUGUUCUCGAAGAUCAACAUGUUGAAAAAUCUUCAUUUUGCAGAAUCAAAUACAUUUAUAUUGUAUAUACACAUGUAGACCAUGUUCGAUUCCCAACCACUUAACAUUUGUGAUAUCUGCAUGGAUUUUUUUAAAACUAAGCAUGGUUUGAGGUAUAAUAAUUUCUUCAGGCAUGAUGGUUUACAUUUCACAAAGCUGUUCAAUGACAAUAAAGACAAUAAGAUGU